AAUAUUAAAAAUUAAAUAAAUAUAGUUGAUAAACAAUUGAGUGGGUGGGGUGAGAAAUACUGAGUCGACAAUUUUUUGAAUUUUGUGGAAUGAUUUUUUUUGAGUAAUUUAAUUGAGGGUGACUGAUAGGUGUGCCACCACCCCCUUUGUUAAAGGGGUGUGGGGCAAUAGGGUAAUUUAUCAGGGUGGGUGGCGCAGGGGUGCGUCUGGCCCGUCGGCUGGUACGCGGUAUAGUCCGACGUUGGGCCCUGGGGGUUGCAUAUACGGGCCCUAUUUUACGUCGUGCAGUGCUGGCUACCACGGGUGUAACGGGGGUGGCCGUGGCCACGGGGGAUAACGAUGCACCCCCGUCCACGCGUCACACAACCCCGAGUGUCAGUGCUAGUGUUAAUUCAGGGGGUGCGUCAACCUGUCCAGGAAGAUCCAGAGCGAGGACCAUGUCCAUGAGGAGUUUGCGACGUGUGUCACAUCCGUGUCAUGGAAAUGAGCGUCGGCAUUCUGGAAAGCAUGAGAAGCACUCGUCCCAAAAGCUCGAGUCCUCCUGGCCAUUCUCACUGGAGGGCGAGGGUGGUGGCGGUGGCGGGGGCGGGCGUACCGCAUCCGGGGGCGGUGGUAGGCGAGCCCCGAGUCUUCGUCUGGUGAACGGUAGGGCGACCACUGGGGUUGGCCUCCACACCAGCAGCACCGAGUCCGUCCGUUCACCCCAUCAGCAUCUUGGUCAUCAGACUAGUAUAAACAACAACAACAAUUAUUAUGCAGUCAACAAUGUAUCAUCGAAUAAUCAUUGUAAAUUAAACAAAGAUGACAGUAUCAAGAUCAGUAUUGAGAAUACUAACACGUGCACAGACAGCCUCGUCACAGCGUUAGACGACGAGACACUUCUCAUUACCGAUUUCCUUAACGACACAGGCAACGAAAUGAAUUACAAAGGAAGUGGUAAAGUACAUUUUGGAGUGGACGAUGUGUCCCUCUAUGGUACACCAAAGGAGGAGUUGGGCCCAGGACUUCCUGGACAAGAGGUCAAACAGAGCUUCCUCAAGAAUCAACUGCAGGCGCUCUUCCAACCAACCGACAACAAACUUGCGAUGAAAUUAUUUGGUAGUAAAAAAGCUCUCAUGAAGGAAAGAAUCAGGCAAAAAGCUGCUGGUCACUGGGUCAUACAUCCUUGCUCCAGUUUUCGAUUUUAUUGGGACCUAUGUAUGCUGCUACUUCUCGUCGCCAACUUGAUUAUUCUCCCAGUUGCAAUUAGUUUUUUCAACGACGAUUUAAGUACCCGAUGGAUAGCCUUCAACUGCCUUUCGGAUACGAUAUUCCUCGUAGAUAUUGUUGUCAACUUUAGAACAGGUAUAAUGCAGCAGGACAAUGCGGAGCAGGUGAUACUGGAUCCAAAAUUGAUCGCGAAACACUACCUCAGGACCUGGUUCUUUCUCGACCUCAUUUCCUCCAUCCCCCUAGACUACAUAUUUCUCAUAUUUAAUCAAUUCCAGGAUUUUAGCGAGUCAUUUCAACUACUUCACGCUGGACGGGCCCUGAGAAUUCUCAGGCUGGCAAAACUCCUAUCACUUGUUCGACUCCUACGACUUUCUCGACUCGUACGUUAUGUUUCACAAUGGGAGGAGGUCUAUAUUCCCCUUUAUCAACAGCCGGAGAGGCACUACGAGAGAAGGGCUACACCGCCCCAACCAGACAGAACGAGCAAGAUAUUGCAGAACCUACAAAAAAAGCGCACUGAGCGGAGGGGGCGCCUAAGCUCUGACAAUAUGAAUAAAAAGAAGUCCGGUUUCAGCAAAAGCGACCUUAUUUUUAAGUUCCUGAAUAUGGCGUCGGUGUUCAUGAGAAUAUUCAAUCUUAUCUGCAUGAUGCUGCUCAUUGGACAUUGGAGUGGUUGUCUGCAGUUUUUGGUACCAAUGCUGCAAGGAUUUCCUAGUAAUUCCUGGGUUGCUAUCAACGAAUUGCAGGAAGCAUUUUGGCUUGAGCAAUAUUCGUGGGCCCUUUUCAAGGCCAUGUCACACAUGCUGUGCAUCGGUUACGGAAGAUUUCCACCCCAAUCACUGACCGACAUGUGGUUAACAAUGCUAAGUAUGAUAAGUGGUGCAACAUGUUAUGCCCUAUUUCUCGGUCAUGCGACAAAUCUCAUUCAAUCCCUGGAUUCAUCAAGACGUCAGUAUCGUGAGAAGGUUAAGCAGGUUGAGGAGUACAUGGCAUACAGAAAAUUACCCCGUGAAAUGCGUCAAAGGAUCACGGAGUACUUUGAGCACAGAUACCAGGGUAAAUUCUUCGAUGAGGAGCUCAUUCUGGGUGAAUUAUCCGAGAAAUUGAGGGAGGAUGUGAUAAACUAUAACUGUAGAUCGUUGGUGGCAUCUGUGCCAUUUUUUGCCAACGCCGACUCAAACUUUGUUUCUGACGUCGUCACAAAGUUGCGAUACGAAGUCUUCCAACCAGGUGACAUCAUCAUAAAAGAGGGCACAAUAGGUUCAAAAAUGUAUUUCAUCCAAGAGGGUAUCGUUGAUAUUGUUAUGGCAAAUGGUGAAGUUGCAACAUCCCUAUCCGAUGGAUCAUACUUUGGUGAAAUUUGUUUAUUAACAAAUGCAAGACGAGUGGCAUCAGUAAGGGCGGAGACAUAUUGCAAUCUUUUUAGCCUCUCGGUGGAUCAUUUUAACGCAGUUCUAGACCAAUAUCCACUAAUGAGAAGAACAAUGGAGAGUGUUGCCGCCGAGAGGUAUAAACUUUGGUUAAACAAAAUUGGAAAAAAUCCGAAUCUCGUUGGUAAUCGAGAAGAGGAUCUUGGGAGUGAAUCAAAGACGAUAAAUGCUGUUGUUAAUGCAUUAGCUGAACAAGCAGCACAUGCCAGUGCCAGUGAGGAAUCGUCACCCUUUCAGGUACACAGUAUGGAACUUCGUGCCCUACCCCCAUGCACCCUACCCCGGCCAAAGUCCGAGAAUAACUUUGCCAGUCAGGAAUUAACGAGGGAGGGACGUAGGAUCUUCCACAAGAGUGACACCUUCCACAAGGAUUCGUAUCAAUGACGACACUCGUCCUAUUAGCACGCGCAACGUUACUGAGGGAAUAUCAAAUGCACAUCCGUGAUGAAUUAAUUAACACGUAAGCAACAAAGAAAAAAAAAAUAAAAAGAAAAAAUAAAGAAAACUCAUUCCCAAAUGCUCUCUGAAGACACCAAAAGGAAUUUUCACGUGUAAAAGCCACGGACUGACGUCACUGAAUUCCCAAAAUAAUGAAAUAAUAAUGAUAAUUAAAAUGUUUAAUAGGACGUAUGAACAAUGCGCGCGCAACAAAAUUAAUAUCGUAAUAAAAUGAAACAAUAAACGUUGGAAUUACAUGACAUGGAUCCGAGGGCUAUGUUAACUUGUUGAGAGCCCUCAGGGUCGUGAAGAGAUAAAUAAAAAAAAGCGAUUAACAUUUAAAUAAAGUGCGGGAAUUAAUAAAAAAACGAUAUCUUUUUACGAGAUUAACAAGAAAAAAUAUUAAUUCGUGAAAAUGAAAAAAAAUAAACGCGAUGUACUAUAAAGAGAUUCAAAUAUUAUAUAAAUAAUGAAAGAAAAAUUAAUUAUUGCGAUGAAUUACUACCAUUACCGCAUCAUUAGGAAGUUGAGAGAUUAUAUUAAUUGCAGGAGAAAUUAAAAAAAACAAUAGAUUAAUAGUAAAAUGCUAUCGACGACGUUACGCAAUAAAUCAGAUUUUAAUUAUUGUAAUGAAAUGAUAAGUUUUUUUUAAUGCAGAGUCGAUAAUACAUUUAAAUUUCCCUAAUUUGUUUAUUUGUCAUUUUCGAUGGUGAGAGGAACAGGGGAUAGAUAAUUAAUUAACGUGAGUUGCGACGAUUAUUGUUUCAGGAAUAGGAGUUACCGAAAAAAAAAAAAUGUAUAAAAUUAAUUUCUCUCAUUACUUUAAAUUGUUAUUAACGCUCUGCUGACAUGAUAAAUAAAAUUGACCAUUAUUUUAAAUUAUUAGAGAGUGCCUAGAGAAUUGAUGAUGCAAUGAAUUAUAAUUUUGUAGCCGAAUGAAGUAAAUUUAUAGCUAAAAGUCAAUGAAAUAAAUUCAAGGGAUUAUCGAUCAAUCUCCAAUUAAAAAAAAAUUAAACAAACGCAUGAGUACCUAUGCAUAUAUGUAAAUAUGAAUAAACAAACAUGAUGAGUCACUGUAGUUGUGACACGUGAACACGCAAAUAAAUUUAGUUAUUCACGAGAAUAAAAUAAAUAAUAAAUGAUGAGUAAGUAAGUGAAUAAAUAAAUGCGUAAUGCACGUAAGCAUUUAACACCACGAGACACAUGUGAAUGAUAAUUAUUACCAGAAUGAGAGAUUAAUUAAUUAAUUGAAAUUAUUUUUCAUUUUUUGAGAAUAAUUGUAGCAUUUAAAUUCCCCCUUUCGUUGUACUCUACGAAUGACCUCGUGACGUUGGCUUAUUACGUUGACAAUUAAUAUUUUAAUGAAUUAUCGAAUGAUUAAAAAAAAAUUUAAAACAAUAUACAGACAUUUACUAUUAAUGAGAAACAAAAAAAAAAAAAAAAAAUAGCUGUUGCCAUUGCUAUUUUCAAUUAUGAGUGAGAUAAUGACAUUUAUUCGAUAUUUAAAUGAUUAAAUAAUCUAUUGUUGAAUGAUUAUUGGAGAAAGGGGGGAGGGGGAGAGAGGAGGAGACAUUUUUAUUAACGAUGUGACGAGUGUUAUGUUGAAUUAGAAAAAAAAAAAAAUUUCAAUAGUUAAUAUUUUAUUCAUUCUGUUCCAAUGUUUACGUGAUAAUAUUAAUAGUGAGAUGAUAAUUUUUGUAAUGGAACGUGUUGAAUUGAAAAAAAAAAAAAAUAACGUAACGUGUCUGAUUAAAAAUGAUUAAUAGACUAUUAAAUUGUUGAAAUAAAUAAUCAAAAAUUGAUAUUGGAGUGACUCGUGAGCCAAGAGUGACUACAGUGCAAUGACUUAAUUCUAGCAAUGACAAACAGCGAUUUUGUUUAUUUUUUUUUUUCUUCUCUCUCGAGUGAAUAAAACCCCUUGAGCAUAUCAGAUAUAUUUAUACUCGAUGAUACAAAGCCGUUCAAUCAAUUGAUUAAAAAUAAUGUUAAAUGAACUGUUUGUGAGGGGAAUAUUGGGGGUGAGGUAUUUAAUCGAUAUGCUGCAGUCGAAUAUAGAUCGUGAGAAUCGUCAUAAGCCAAUUACAUAACCAUCAACAAGCCCUUUCUGUCAUACCCUAAUGGACGAGCUAUUAUUUUCGUUUCCGGGUUCAUGAAAUAUCCGCUGAUAUUUUAAUUAUUGGGGGGAUGAAGGGGGUAGAAAUGUCCUGAUGAGGGUUCACGUAUUGAAAGGUGAAAUAUUUUAGUUGGAAUGAGCCUGAACUUAAUUAUUUACAAACAAAAUUGAGCUGAUUUUCAAAGUAAUUAAUUAAUUAAUGUGUUGAACACAUGUUUAUCAGAGUCUUUUAAAUUUAAAACACAUAGGGAAUUGGGGGGGGGGGAGGGGUGGGGGGUUUUUCUUUUUGAAGAUUCUGUGCCUGACACAGUUUGAAAAUAAUUUUAAAAUUAAUGAGAUUAUAAUCCUUGUCUAUGACUUGGAUUAUACCUCACGUCUAACUCCAGUGAUUUAUUAAUAUUCACGUGACAGAACAUUUGUUAUCCACAAAUAGUUCCAUAUUUCAUUAACCUCCUGUGGGUGGUCAUAUUACCAUAAAAUUAAUUACCAAAAAUUCCAGUAAAAAAUGAAAAAUCCUCAAUUAUUCCCAAAUUUCGAAAAAUUAAAAAAAAAACAGUCUCCACCACUUUUGACACUAUUUAAUAUUCUCACUGUACCAUCAGCAGAAUCAAAGUGUUAUUGACUUGUUUAUGAACAUUAAAUAACUGGGAAAAACGAUGGUGUGUUGACACUUGUCCUUAAAAAUGGAAUUUCCAAAAAUAAAUUUAAUCACAGGAACAGUUUCACAUGAAUGUCAUCAAUAAAUUUCGCGAGUGUCUCCCCAUACGAGAAUAAAGCCCAACGGCUGUGAGCUCUCAUCACCCCCAUUUCUCCCCUGGUAUCUUAAUUUUCCAUGUGCUACAGACACGAGGAAAGUAAAAAAAAAAAAAAAAACAAUAAAUAAUCAAGCUUGGCUCGAUCUCCCACGCUGACAUGUUUUCUAAAAUUGUAAUCUCGCACGUGCCACGAUACUGUCACCGUCACGUUCGCGAGUUUGUAUGAAUGACAGCGACAAGUGUUCCAAAUUGACCCCAACCAGUAGCUUCCAAUUCAAUAAAUAUUAUAAAUUUUCAGUUAAUCAAUACCGAAUAUUCAUGUUCCCUCGCCAUAACGUAUUAUCGUUUAUUUAGAUAUUCAUGAGGGGAUGAUUAGCCCACCCAGUAAGAACUAUUUUUAUAUUAUCACCAGAAAUUUAAAGAGAUAAACGCGCAGUAGUGAGACUUGUAAAAAAAAAAAAAAAAAAAAACAGGACGAAGGUAAGAGUCAGUGAAUUUAUGAAAAAUGAUGUAACAAUUAAUAUAUCACCCCAGCGUCAAUUUUCUACGAAUAAUACGUGAAAAAUCGUUCAACGAUUCCACGUGCUUCUCGGUCGCCAAUUAUAAACAGCAUCGUAACCCUCGUUUUAGUGUAAUAAAUAUUAUCGUGAAAGUUACCCCUAAACAACCCCUAUUUUUCUCGAAUAAAAUCGGUGGCGAAGAAGGAAAACGAAUUUUAAAUUAUUUUUAUAGAUAAUUGAUUUAUCAAGUUAUUAAUUAAUGAGAUAAAAAAUUAAAAUAUUGUGGAUCAUACGUUAUUAAUUAAACAUUUUUAUCAUUGAUUAUUUGCUCGUUAAAUUGAAGAUUUGAAUUCCUAAAUUAUUAGAAGCUUUAUAUUUUUACAACGUAACAAUUGUUUAUAAACAAAAAUAUUUUCCACUGAUUCAUCCCCUAAUAUGUGAACUCAACUUAUGAAUUUUUUUUUUAUAAACCUGACAUCAUUGAAUAAUUAAAAAAAAUAUUUGUUUGUAAAUUAUUAACAAUUUUCUCCUUCGCUGCUGACCCCAGCCCCUCCAAAAAUUCCAAUAACCAAUUUUUUGGACAAACAUAACAAGUACAAAUAAAAAUUUCACAAAAGCCCCGUAACCCCUGCUUGGCUCUAACAUUUCCAAGAAAAAAUAAAUAAAUAAAUAAACAAAAAAAAUAACAAAAAUUCCAAAUACAAAUGAAAAAUGAAAACCAAAAAAUUAAUUCUCAUCGCACAUCACUUGAGAUAAACUCGCCAUAACGAAUGCCUUAGCGAAACGUAUAGUUGUAAAUGGAAUCUACAAAUAAGCGAGUAAAUGAAUCUAGAACACAUACACGUGAAUACGUAGAGUGGUAUUAGAAUGAGGAAACGAUUACUACGGAAAAUACCCCAAAAUUAAUGAAUAGAAUAAAUUAAACCGUGUGAACAAAGGGACGAGAAGUGACACUGAUGUUACCAGAUAUUACAUUGACGUAUGAAGUGAGAAUAACCAUAGAAAAUUAUAAUAAACUAAUUAAACUGUAAACAGAGGGGGAAGAAAAAUUAUUAAAAUAUUAAGAUUGUAAUUACUGUAAUAGAGAGAAUGAAACGCGAGGAAUGAUGAAUUUUUGAGUGACGCUAAUGAGUAAUCGUAAGUACUGCAAUUAUACUUGACAUCGCCCGUCCACUUAUUAGGCAGUGGGUAUCAAUCGAUGCCUGAUUUAUUUAAUUCAUUAAUCAGGAAAUAAUUCAGUAAUGAAGGGAUAAAUGAUAAGAAAUUAUUUUUAUUCAAUUUCACGACCAAUUUUUGUUUUCAUUUAAACAUUCAAUAUUUGUCAAUGUACCCUAAUUUACAUUAACUAUUUCUAAACAUCUGAAAAUUAUCGAAUUUUUAUUAUAAAAAUUUCGUUUCAACUGAAAUUAAUUAUUAAAAAUCUUCAGUCAUUUCACCCUUUCAUUAUUGAAUUUAAAAAAAAAAUGAAAAUUCCUCCAUCACUCCCCAUCGCUUCCGGAGAUCCCCGACCCCAAACCGACGAAAUAUGCUAUUGACGUGGCCAGAGUGAGAAAAAAAAAAAUCAAUAAAACCCAUCAGUCAAUUUAUAAAAAUCGCAUUUACGGCUGUGGAGUUCGAUCUCCUUUAAAAACGCGAAAAAAGUCAUUCGGGGUUUAAUAGGGUAUCGUAACCAGGAGAUCGAUGCCAGGAUAUUGUUAUCGGCUCGAGAAAUAUUGCCAACAACUCGAGAUAAUGUGCCCGGUGACGAAUGACGAUCGUCGCAUAUCAGAUAUUAAAAUUUAGAUAUUAAAAUUUUGAAAAUGCGUUGGAAUACCGAAGAUGGUACUUCACUAUCUCAAAUUCAAAAUCGUAAUUAACAUCUGUAGGGGCUUGAUCGAAACCAGUGCCACAGACCAUCAAAAGCACGUGUGAAAUAAUUAAACAAAGAUGUUCCCCAGAAUAUUAUAAUAAAUUAAUUUACUGUCUAAUUUAUUUGUAAAAUGGCACAGAAAUCAAUAGAAAGUUUCCUUGAGAGUCUAUUGAUUAAUUUGUUUAUUUAAAUAAUUUUUAUUGAUUCAAUUAACAAAUUAUUUACGUUCACUAGUAAUUUUUUGAAUAAAAAAAAUU